ACCACGCGGGGCCGCCUCCUUCGCCGAGCAUCCCUGGCCAUGCACCUGAACGCAACUUCUCCGUGGCAGCACCCGGGCCCGUUUCACCUGCAGCCCGCGGGCGAGGCGGCUGGGAACGUCUCCAACAGCUCGGACCCGUACUCCGAAGGGCCGGACGAGGAAGACCUGGAUGUGAACACCGACAUCUACUCCAAAGUCAUGGUCACGGUCAUCUACCUGGCGCUCUUCCUGGUGGGCACCAUCGGGAACUCCAUCACCGCCUACACCCUGGUGCGCAAGAAGUCCCUGCAGAAUCUGCAGAGCACCGUGCACUACCACCUGGCCAGCCUGGCUUUCUCUGACCUGCUCAUCUUCCUCCUGUGCAUGCCCAUCGAGCUGUACAACUUCAUCUGGGUGCACCACCCCUGGGCCUUCGGGGAUGCCGUCUGCAAAGGCUACUACUUCCUGAGGGACGCCUGCACCUACGCCACGGCCCUCAACAUCGCCAGCCUCAGCGUGGAGAGGUACAUGGCCAUCUGCCACCCCUUCAAAGCCAAGAGCAUCAUGUCCAGGAGCAGGACCAAGAAGUUCAUCAGCUGCAUCUGGGUGGCCUCCUUCCUGCUGGCCAUCCCCAUGAUCUUCACCAUGGGCGAGAUCUAUGGCAGGGACCAGCAGCCGGACUCUCUGAUCUGUACCACCAUUGUGGAAGCCUCUACGGUUAAGACUGUCAUUCAGGUCAACACGUUCAUCUCCUUUGUGUUUCCAAUGGUCGUCAUUUCUGUCCUGAAUAGUAUCAUCGCCAACCAGCUCAUCAUCAUGUUCAAGCAAGCGGCACAAGAAAACCAGGUCUGCAUUAUUGGAGGACAGCAGACGAUGCUCAGCAUGUCCAUGGAGCCCAGCCGUGUGCAAGCUCUGAAGCACGGAGUGAGAGUCCUGCGUGCUGUUGUGAUUGCCUUUGUGGUCUGCUGGCUUCCUUAUCAUGUACGGCGUCUCAUGUUUUGCUAUGUUCCAGCAGAUCACUGGACAGAAUUCCUUUAUAAUUUCUACCACUACUUCUACAUGUUGACAAAUGUCCUCUUCUACGUCAGUUCUGCCAUCAACCCCAUCCUCUACAACCUGGUGUCUGCAAACUUCCGCCAGAUAUUCCUCUCCACGCUCAUGUUCCUGUGCCUGCCAUGGAGGAAGAAGAAAAAGAGACCCAGCUUCACCAGGAAGUCCAACAGCAUCUCUAGCAACCAUACGUUUUCCAGCCAAGUCACUAGGGAAACGACAUACUGAGCCCCGAGUGAAGCCAAAGGAAGGGAGAAUGUGUUUCAACGUGGAUUUAGGAUGUGAGAGAGACCUCUGGGACCUUAGUGCAUGGUCUCUAAAUUCUCCAUAACACGAAUGUGUUUAGCAGUCUCAUUUUUGUUGGAACAAAUAGGCUUCGUUCUGCCAGUAACUUUGGGGUUAUUUUAAAGCAUCAGCCUUGCCUCUUGUGAAUAAUGGCUACGCAUUUUGUAACUUCGGUAUGGCAUAGAUUCCGACGCAGUGUUAUCUGGGAAGCCACAGCACUUCUUCAGCCUAUAAAUGUCAAGCUUAGGCAACUCAUAUCGUGCUUCAUCCUUUUCUCCGUGCAGAAAUGCUGUGCUAAAGUCGAAGAGCUCAACAUCGUUUCUCUUGGUGGCACUGAGCUGAGACUUUAAUGAGGAGCAAGGCAGUUUUGAGUAAACAGGGAUAUUUUUUGAGGGGGGGAGUAGUAAUCUGAGAGGUGAUAAAAGAAAGAGAAAUGGAAAUAAUGGAAUCAGUAGGGAAUAUAGCACUCAGGGAGCAAGGUGGUUAUUUAUAGAACUCAUUCUUAAUUCUGAUUAAUUAGACCGGAAUGUCCAGGCAAGUCAA